GGAAGCUUGGCCCCCAAAACAAACGCACAAAUCCUGAAGCGGAGGGAAAAAAGGAAAAAAAAAAACCACUUGCGACGAGGUUUUCGUCCUUCGCGGCGGAGGAGGUGAAGGAGGAGAAGACGACGCCGCCGUAGAUUUCCUUUCCUCGAUCCGCCCAAUCGGAGAGAGAGCUCGCCGGUUCUAGGGUUCAUCGAGGGUUCCGGGCGGUCCGGAUCCUUCUCCGGAGAGGAGGUCGAGGGAAGGGAGGGGAUGAGGGUCUCCUUCAAAGUCUCGAAUAUUGGGACCAGGUAUCGGCCCAAGCCAAGAACCGUGCCUGAAGAGCCGGGCCUCUCCAGUGAGAGCUCCCGCGAUCUCGUCGGAGCUGGAUCGAAGCGCGAGGUUGAUGUUGCCGAGGCAGUAAAUGAUGCUAAUGGUGCCUCUGUUUCAUCUGCUUGCUUGGGGGGGCUUGUAUUGCCAGAACAUGAAGUUUCUUUCACAUUGAACCUUUAUCAGAGUGGGUAUAUCAUCGGGAAGCCUAAUGAGGCGGAGAAUUUUCAACCUCUGCUUCAAGAUGCUAAAUCACUGCAUCCAUAUGAUAGGGCUUCAGAGACCCUAUUUUCUGCAAUUGAGUCAGGGUGGUUGCCAGGAGAUCUUCUUGAUGAUAUACCUAGCAAGUAUAUUGAUGGGACCCUUGUUUGUGAGGUGCGUGACUAUAGAAAAUGCAUAUCCGAACCAGGAUCUGCUGUUUCUGCGGUGGAUGGGUUUCCUAUUGUACAUAAAGUGCAGUUGCGAAUGUCUCUUGAAAAUGUUGUUAAAGACAUCUCAUUGAUAUCUGAUGAUUCUUGGACCUACAGUGAUCUAAUGGAAGUUGAGUCACGCAUAGUGAAGGCACUGCAACCACAACUUUGUUUGGACCCUACGCCAAGGCUGGACAGGCUUUGUAAAAACCCUACUUCUAGUAAGCUUGAUCUUGGUAUUGGAAGAAGAAAGAGAGUACGGCAAACUCCUGAAGUGACAGUCACAUCCAAUAAUCAAACUCAUGGAAAGAAGGUCUGCAUUGAUAGGUUACAAGAGAAUGCUAAUUGCAGACCAGGAGACCAAGGAACCCUGUUAGGCAAUGCAACAAUGCAGCAAAUUCAUGAGAACAUGGCCAAACAAAAUGUACCAAGCAGCUUUACAUCCUUAAGAUCUAACAAUUUUGCACAAGAAACUGGCAGACCAGCUCUAUCUCUGCCCUCUCAAUCUAAGUUUCAGCCAGCUGGAAACUACCCUGCUGUUAUGCAUGAUCGUGGCUCUGGACCUCCUGUGAGUUUUGCAGGAGUUAACACCACCAUGCCUUCAUCUCAAAACUUGAUGGGUUCUUAUACUGACAAUAUCAAUAGUAAUGCACCCUUUUCCAUGAAGAGGGAGAACCAAGAUGCCCAGUCAACAUCCUUACUAGACAUGAAGAGACCAAAACAGACACCAGUAGGAUUAGAUGGUAUUCAGCAGCAGCAACCAGGGCCUCAGUUAGUUGGCCUUAAUGGGCCUGAUAUGCAGUGGAAAAACCAACCGUUACAUCCUCAAUUAGAUGUGGUCAAGGGAAUGCAGUACUCUUCUACCUUGGGUGGUCAAAGAUAUGCUUCUCCGAUGAUAAAUAAUAUUCCUAAUCAAGAGGCAGGGCCAUCCUUUUAUUUUAACCAGCAGGCUAUGAGAUAUGGUGCUAAAGAAGAGCAGAUUGACACAGAAAAGAGGGAUAGACAAGAGCUGGAGAGGUCUAAAGAUGCUCUACAGACCCUGGUAUCACACAACAGUACAGGGGACCAGCAUCAAUCACGAUCUCAGCAUCUACUGCAGCAAGAAUCCAUGAGAAACCAUCUUCCAGCCCUUACGCAGUGGAAUAAUGCCCGACAAUUAGCUGAGAAGGAUAUGAGGAAGGAUGAUAUGCAUCAGAAGAGGAAAUCGGUGCCCAGUCCACGAGUCUCUUCUGCACCAAUGGUUCAGUCACCCGUGUCAUCAAAAUCAGGAGAGAUUUCUAGUGGUUCAGUAGGUGGCCAGUUUAGUGCUGUUGCAACAACUUCUGCACUAGGUUCCCAAAAGGAUAAAGUAGCUGCAAAUUCUAAUCCUGCAGUUGGGGCCCCUUCUGUGACUUCCAGUCCCAGUGGUUCUGUGCAUUGGCAACACCAAGCUUCAGUGGCUGGAAAAUGUAAAACAAAUUCUGUCCCCAAAACACAAGCUAUGAGUGGAGUUGGAUCUCCUGCCAGUGUUAGUAAUAUGAAUGUUCCGCUGAAUGCUAAUAGCCCAUCAAUUGGGACUGCACCUCUGGGCGAUCAAGCAAUCCUUGAGAGAUUUGCAAAGAUUGAAAUAAUAACACAGAGACACCACCUCCAUCUUAAGAAGAACAAGGUUGAUGAUUACCCUGCAAGGAAGCCUGUAACACAUGUAAAUCAAAAACUUGCAGUAUGUCCUUCUGAUUCAUUAAAUGCUGAGGAUUUCACAGACCCAAUAAGACCAAUGUCCAGGUCUGUUCUUGGUGGAACUAUUAAUACCUGUAAGACCAGAACAAUAAGUUUUGUGCGUGUGGACCGCAUGUAUUCAGUUGUUCCUCCUAAAGCUCACUAUCGAAUGACCUUGACCGAGAAGCCGCACGAUGGCACAGUAGCAAUGCACUAUGGAGAUAUUGAUGAGUCUGAUUUCACCAAUACUCAGGAAUUUGUCACGUUACCCACAACACACUAUGCUGAUCUGCUUGCAGCUCAGUUUUCUGCACUGAUGGAGCGUGAUGGAUAUCGGACAGCUGAAGUUCGCAUCCAACCUAUACCGACGCGCAUGGUUGCUCCUUCCAGUAGCAUGACCACAGUUUCAGGAAUGGCAUCAGAUAAUGCUGCAGCUGAAGUGAAACACCCAGAAGUAGCUCCUGGUCCACCAUCUCAUGUAGCAGCUCAAGCUAACGCAAAUGUUAUGGGACCUCUGAACGCUCCACAGAAUCUUCCCAAUGGUGCACAGAUGCUGGCUUCUGGAAAUAAUAGCCAGGCAUUGCAAGGAUACUUGCCGGGGGCUGCAAUGCCUGCUAGGACCCAGCAGCUUGAUCAAACUCUGCUUCAGCAGCAGCAGCAGCAGCAAAAUGUGCAAUCACAGAUGCAACAGCAACAACUUCAAUUGCCUCACAUCCAGAGAUCAUCCUCACUUCUCUCAACCAAUCCGCUCUCUCAUUUAAUGGGGCAGAACUCAAACCUGCAGAUUGGUAAUAAUUCCAUGGUCAACAGCAAGCCGACUGCUUUUCAGCUUCAGAUGCUGCAGCAACAAGCACAGCAGCAGCAACAACAAUCACAACUCCCCAGGAAGGUGAUGAUGGGUCUCGGACCAGCUGUGAACAUGGGAAACAUGGGCAAUAACAUGAUGGGCCUGAGUGGUCUGAGCAAUAUCAUGGGCAUGGGAGGAGUUCGGGGAAUAUCCUCCUCUAUGGGGGGCAUGCCAGGAUUAGGCAACAUUAGCCCGAACCAGAUGAACCUGGGAUCUGCAUCCAAUUUUGGUGCAGCACUUCGUCCAGGUUCGAUAUCGCAAGCUGCUGCAAUAAGUAAGCUGAGGAUGGUACAACAAAACACGGCUGGUAUGUAUGGUCCUCAAUCUGGGAUUGCUGGUAUGGCGGGAAAUAAUAAUCAGAUGCUUCCUAGCUCGGCAGGCCUGUCUAUGUUGGGCCAUGCACUGAACCGGGCCAACAUGAGCCCUUUACAUAGGAAUGUAAUGUCGCCUAUGGGUCCACCUAAGAUCCCUGGGCCGAACUUUUACCCGAAUCCUCAGCAACUACAACUACAGCAGCAGCAGCAUCAACAGCAGUUGCAGCAGCAACAACAGCUUCAGCAGCAGCAGUUACAACACCACCAGCAACAAAUGCAGCAGCAGCAGCAGCAGCAGCAACAGAUAAGCUCUCCGCUGCAGCAGGCGCAGGUGGGAUCCCCACCGGUGGUGGGCUCUCCCCCGGCAAUGAUAAUGCAACAGCAGCAGAUCAGUCCUCAAAUGGGCCAGCAGCCUGCAAUGAGCCCUCAGCAGUUGAGCUCUGGUGCGUUGCAGCAGAUUAACAACUGUGGUAAUGCAGGGGCUGGGCCAGCUAGCCCUCAGCUGAGUUCACAGACACAUGGUUCAGUUGGUAGCAUCACGAGUUCACCCAUGGAACAGCUGCAAGGUGCAAACAAAGGUGGGUCUGUCAGCAAUGUUUAAGUUGGGAUAUGGUAGGAAGAUACAUUUGGUUGGAAACCCCAGGCCUCUGAAUUCAGUUCUAUCCUGCAUCACUAUCCCAGGGCAAAGGUGAAUGUCCUUCAAGGUGGGUGAUUGACAUUAACAGUUGUCUGUGAGUUCCUGUGCAUGUGUCUUCAUCUGUAGAAAAUGGAAGAAAUCAUUAUCUAGUUUUGUAGCCACAACAUCUAACUAGUUUUGUAUGACGUAGAUUCCAGGUUAUUUAUUGAUUUGGCUGAUGUCGCAAACCUUGUUUGUUAUGUAAAUUGAAUAGAUGCUUUAUGUUUCAAGGAUUAUACUUGUUAAUAAGGAUCCUUGGCACGUUAAUGCAGUCGAUUAUAUAUGAUAUGUUUAAAAU